UAAAGUCUCUGCCAGACUUGGGCUCACACGCUAUUUCCUGGAUGGACGGAGGAAUGGAAAGCUUCCAGCGCCUCUCCACCACCAACACCAACACCAACACCGACUCUCCCCUCUCUGUGUGCCCGACGAGCGCUGCCUCCACCGCCGCAGCCGCAGGAGCGACGACGCGCUGUGUGGACCGCCGCUGCUAGUCUCCCAUAACCCGCUUUCCCCCCUCUCCUGCUGCACAUACACGCUCCUCCACAACCAUCAGUACCCGAGUGUUAUGCUGAUAUCCGGGGAUAUCGGGGGGAUUUUGGGACGGAAAGACUCUUUACUGGACCUCUAAAAAUUUCUCCGCCCUCCACCGUGCCCAGUCUCCGUCUGCGCUGCGUCUCCGGUGCUGCUUUUUACGCAGCGAAGGCGUCGCUGAUUUGCCCGCAAAAGGGGGAAACUCAACAGUUGUUGCUGCUUAUUGUUUGCAUGUCGACGUGCAUAUCACUACCAUGUGGAGGCUACUGCAAUCGUGUUGUUGCUGCUGGUGGAUUUUCUCUCUCAUUUUGCCUGCCUUCGUGCUCCUGUGGGCCGAGUGUCAUCCUGCGCUGACAGGAAGCCAAGCCGAGUCCCAAGCCCCUAUCCAAGGCCUUCGCAGAGCCACGGCCGAUGGGACACGACUCCGGAGAGCCGCCACCGAGGAGACCUACUGGGCCUACUCAGGUAUAUAUGGGCCAGAUGAAGGAUGGGCAUCAGCCUACCCAGAAUGCAGAGAGAGAAACCAGUCACCAAUCAACAUUGUGGACCAGGAUACCAAAGUAUCCACAGAGUAUCAGGAGUUGACACUGGAGGGCUUUGAUACCGAAUCCUCCAAUAAGACAUCUAUGAAGAACACCGGCAAAACAGUGGCCAUUAUGUUGAAGGAUGAUUACUUUGUUCGGGGAGCAGGUCUACCAGGGAGGUUUAAGGCCGAAAAAGUGGAGUUCCAUUGGGGUCCAAAUAACGGAUCUGAAGGCUCUGAACACAGCAUUAAUGGCCGCCGCUACCCUGUGGAGAUGCAGAUCUACAUGUACAACUCAGAUGACUUUGACAGUCUCAGUGCAGCUCUGAGGGAGAAGAGGAUCAUUGCAGCCAUGGCCGUGUUUUUCCAGGUGGGAGGGAAGGACAAUCCUGCUGUCGACCCUAUAAUCCACGGCCUGAAGGGUGUGGUCCAUCAUGAAAAAGAGACAGUCCUGGAGCCGUUCGUCCUGAAGGACCUGCUGCCGUCUGCGUUGGGAAGUUACUAUCGCUACACCGGCUCUCUGACCACGCCUCCCUGCAGUAAGGUGGUGGAGUGGAUCAUCUUCAGCAGACCUAUCUAUGUCUCCUACAAACAGUUGGAGGCCUUCUACUCCAUCUUCACCACAGAGCAGCAGGACCAUGUUAAGUCUGUGGAGUAUCUGCGCAGCAACUUCAGGCCCAUCCAGAGCUUGGACAACCGCCACGUCUUUAAGUCAGCAGUCAAAGAUGCCUGGCUGCCUGACCUGACUGACAGCAGCAGCGGGCCAUACGGCACAGAGGCUUCCAAAGUGUGCAGCAGCGCUCCCAUCAACAUGAAGGUGCAGCAUGUCAACAGCAGUGCUCUGGUGGUGCGCUGGGCCCGCCCAGAGGUCACCUACCACCCGCCCAUCCUCCACUUCCUGGUGUCCUACAGCUGGACGACCCAUGACGACAGCUAUGAAGAGACACACCUCACUGACGCCAAACACAAACUGGAGGCUGUCAUUUCUCCCGUCUCCCCCGAUGUGCUGUACCUGUUUCGAGUCCAGGCCGUCUGCAUGAAUGACAUGCGCAGUGACUUCAGCCAGAGCAUGCUCUUCAGAGCAAACACCACAAGGAUAUUUGAGGGGACAAGGAUCGUGAAAACUGGAAUGCCGACAGUGUCUCCAGCCUCUUCAGCUGAUAUGGCUCCCAUCUCCUCUGGCUCAUCUACUUGGACCUCCUCAGGUAUCCCUUUCUCCUUCGUCUCCAUGGCGACAGGAAUCGGCCCAUCCUCCAGUGGAAGUCAAGCAACGGUGGCGUCCGUGGUGACCAGUACUUUACUGGCCGGCUUGGGCUUCAGCGGCGGUGUUAUCUCCUCCUUCCCCAGCUCAGUUUGGCCAAGCAGAGCACCAACCCAUAAUCCCACACGCCAGACCACUGAACCCACCGAGCCCACCAAAGAGGCCACCACCUCUGCCUCUGCUGUCACGACGGCUGCAGCCAAAGAUAACAGUGACACUGGGGGUGAGGACAGAGAGAAUAGCAAGGGUCAAGGAGAAGACAGUGAGAGGGAAGGAGAGGAUAAGGAUGAAGAGGAGGAAGAAGAAGAUAAAGAUGAGAAGAAGGAGAGGAAAGGAUCAGGAGGUGUUGGCAAGGCAAGGAGGAAGGACAACAGCACAGCAGUGAAUGAGCCGCUCAGAGAGACACCAGAUGCUACUGCGAAGGAGAAAGAACAGACUGAACCAGAUCCAACUGAUGUACCACCUGACGUAGAAGACCAAUUGGAAGUGUACACUCAAAAUCCACUUCACUCUAACCCCACUACCACCACAGAGGCUGCCACUGAAAUGGUCAAAUUUCCUGCCCCCAAGGACCCAGCAGCAACACUCAGACCCAGCUCAGGGAGGGACAGGAAGCACUGGCCUUUCUCCAUUCAUACCGACCGUCCCAGUGCUGUGACCAACCUGACCCACCAGGCAAGGCCUGGGUCUGGGGCGGGGCUGGGCCGUGUGGAGUGGCUGGUACCUUUGGUGGUGGUUUCAGCUCUGACUUUCCUCUGCCUUGUUCUCCUGCUGGCUGUGCUCGUCUACUGGAGGCGCUGUUUCCAGACAGCCCACUUCUACGUGGAAGACAGCAAUUCACCUAGGGUGGUACCCAAUGAGACGAUCCCAGUCAUACCCAUUCCAGAUGAUAUGGAAGCCAUUCCAGUCAAGCAGUUCAUCAAACAUGUCUCUGAACUCUACUCAAAUAACCAACAUGGAUUUUCUGAAGAUUUUGAGGAGGUUCAACGGUGCACUGCAGAUAUGAAGAUCACGUCAGAGCACUCCAACCACCCUGACAACAAGCACAAGAACAGAUACAUCAAUAUAGUUGCCUAUGACCACAGCAGGGUGAAGCUGAGGCCGCUGGCUGGGAAGGACUCCAAACACACCGACUACAUCAAUGCCAACUAUGUGGAUGGUUAUAAUAAGCCUAAAGCUUACAUCGCAGCCCAGGGACCUCUCAAGUCCACCUUUGAGGACUUUUGGCGGAUGGUGUGGGAGCAGAAUACCUGCAUCAUCGUCAUGAUCACCAACCUAGUGGAGAAAGGCCGGAGAAAAUGUGACCAGUACUGGCCAACAGAGAACAGCGAAGAGUACGGCAACAUGGUAGUCACACUGAAGAGCACGAAAGUUCAUGCCUGCUACACUGUUCGCCGCUUCACAUUGCGCAACACUAAAGUCAAAAAGGGGGGGAAGGGGAACCCUAAGGCACGGGGCCAGGGUGAACGGACAGUGCUCCAGUAUCAUUACACCCAGUGGCCAGACAUGGGUGUCCCUGAGUACACCCUGCCUGUCCUCACCUUUGUCCGCAGGUCCUCAGCUGCCCAGAUGCCUGACAUGGGACCCAUGCUUGUACACUGCAGUGCUGGAGUGGGACGGACGGGGACGUACAUCGUCAUAGACAGCAUGCUGCAGCAGAUCAAAGACAAGAGCACAGUUAAUGUACUCGGCUUCCUCAAACACAUACGCACCCAGCGCAACUACCUAGUCCAGACUGAGGAGCAGUACAUCUUCAUCCACGAUGCCUUGAUGGAAGCCAUUUUGGGGAAAGAGACGGAAGUGGCAGCCAGCCAGCUUCACUGCUACUUCAGCAGCAUCACGACACCAGGACACAGCGGCCGGACACAUCUGGAGAAACAGUUCAAGUUGGUAACACAGUGUAAUGCCAGAUUCAUGGAAUGCUUCAACGCUCAGAAGGAGUGCAACAAAGAAAAAAAUCGAAAUUCCUCCGUGGUGCCAUCGGAGCGAGCAAGAGUCGGCCUAGCACCUUUGCCCGGCAUCAAAGGCACAGAUUACAUCAACGCCUCUUACAUCAUGGGUUACUACCGGAGUAAUGAGUUCAUCAUUACCCAGCAUCCUCUGCCCCACACCACAAAAGACUUUUGGAGAAUGAUCUGGGACCACAAUGCACAAAUUAUUGUUAUGCUGCCUGCCAACCAUGGACUGGCAGAGGAUGAGUUUGUGUACUGGCCCAGUCGGGAGGAGGCAAUGAACUGCGAGGCAUUCACUGUCACCCUCAUCAGUCAAGACCGACUCUGUCUGUCCAAUGAGGAGCAGAUCAGCAUCCACGACUUCAUCCUGGAAGCUACACAGGAUGACUAUGUUUUAGAGGUUCGUCACUUUCAGUGCCCUAAGUGGCCGAAGCCUGACGCACCCAUCAGCAGCACCUUCGAGCUUAUCAACGUCAUCAAGGAGGAGGCAGCCAGCCGUGAUGGACCAACCAUCAUCCACGAUGAGUUGGGAUCCGUGUCAGCUGGCAUGCUGUGUGCCCUCACCACACUGUCUCAGCAGCUGGAGAGUGAAGGUGCCGUUGAUGUCUAUCAAGUGGCCAAGAUGAUCAACCUCAUGAGGCCAGGAGUCUUCACAGACAUUGACCAGUACCAGUACCUAUACAAAGCCCUGCUCAGCCUCGUCAGCACCAAGGAGAACGGCUCGGGUCUUCUGGCCAGGGACAUUAACGGGACCAUGGCGUCCAUGUCCGACCAGUCUGACCAAGCAGAGAGCAUGGAGUCGCUGGUCUGAGAGCGGCCCUUCAAGGGCCCAGAGCUGAGAUGAGCUGAGGGUGUCCUGUGGGUCCAAACACCCUGUGAGGUCCCUAAGCCCACCAAGGAGGCACUUAACUUUGUAAAACGUCAAGGAACUAUUGUGAACAAGACUUUUUGAGGCCUUUUUGCCAGACUCUUGGUUAAAAUGAAUAACCUGAUUACUUUUUUACACUGAUAAAAAGUUUUUGAUAUUUAUUUUUUUCGCCAUUUUAUGUCUUAAUGUUCUCCUACUGAAGGGUUUGCACCUGCGUUUUUAAGUUUCACGACGGCGUCGGUAGGCAACGAGAAACACUUUUCUGUCUUUUCUUGUUUGCACUAUGUAAUGUCAGUGUUACUGCCUAUACUAAAGCUGACUCACUUGGCUUUUCUCCACUCGAGCUCUGACUUUUUUUUUUUUCUUUUUUUUUUGACAUUCCAUGGCUUUGGCCCUAAUUAAAUCAACUGCUUCUGUGAAGGACAUUGUUCUGCCUGCCACCUACCAGUUGAUUUAAGACAGAGGACGGAGGAAGGCACGAACUCUCCGCCUCAGUAACAAAAAUGCUGUUCAACUUCAGCUCAACGUGACCUCCUCUGCCCUGCUCAUCUAUAGUACUCAUAUUACCACUCAUUUAUCACAAGAAUCGAGAUCUUGGAACCUGUUGCCACAGACAAGUAGCGCUUGUUUUCUAAUAGUAGUUUCCUCCUCACCGUUUUUUUUUUCUUUGUUUUCUUCACUCUCCCUCUUAUUAGCGAGUCACACCCAUGUUAGAAUACAUAAGGUGGUGUAACAACUGCUACUGUGAAAUUUUAUUAUUUCUUUGUAUAAUUCAUAUUAUGCUUUUUAAUAUAUGGAAAUACUGUAUGUAUACAUAUAUAAAUAUAUCCUUAUCAUAAUAACUUUGUGAUUUUUGUACAUGUCCUUUGUGGCCUCCCUCCUCAGGCCGGUUAAUUUCCACUGCGUCUGAUAGUUUACCACCCCACUACUCACAGCUGAUCCACAGCCAUCUGGAAGCGGACCUUCUCGGUCCUCUACCUUUCUGUAUGCUGCUACAUCAUCUGAACUCACACACAUACACACAUACACACAUACAAACGUCACCAGUAGUGAUUUUACAUUUGAAACGUUUGACCAACUACAACAGAUGAUGCAACAAUGUGACAUUGCCCAUCUCUCUGAAAAUCAUGUUUUGAAAGGAUUUAUUUUAGGUCAUAAA